AUGGGCAAUAUGUUCAGAGAGUAUGAUAGGUUGGUUGAGGUCGCGACUCAUGUAGAUAUCAUGUUAGAAGUUGAGGAAUCUAGGCUGAAACAUAAGAGGUCGAGUCAUGUAGAAUCUCAGGGUGACAUGGGAUCCUCUAAGAAGUCCAGGGGCUCUUUUUCUUCAUCUUUCCAGUCUUGUUCCCAAGAGACCAAGUGUUUGGGAUCUUUUUCUAUGAAGAGUUUAGAGAAUACGGGUCCUAGUUGUAUUACUUGUUUCAGGUGUGGCCAACAGGGACACAAGGCAUCAGACUCUAGAGAGAGGUUAAGGAAACAGUUUAAAGAGCUUAGACAGCUAGAUACACUGGUGGCAGAUUUUAAAGCCACUUUCACUAGUUUGGUAUGCUUUGCACCUGAACUCGUAGCUACCAAGGAGUGUCGAUGGUUGGAGUUUGAGAAGAGAUUGAGGCCUAAGAUCUUGAUGAAGGAGAUGGGCAAUAUGUUUAGAGAGUAUGAUAGGCUGGUUGAGGUCGCGACUCAUGUAGAUAUCAUGUUAGAAGUUGAGGAAUCUAGGCUGAAACAUAAGAGGUCGAGUCAUGCGGAAUCUCAGGGUGACAUGGGAUCCUCUAAGAAGUCCAGGGGCUCUUUUUCUUCAUCUUUCCAGUCUUGUUCCCAAGAAACCAAGUGUUUGGGAUCUUUUUCUAUGAAGAGUUCAGAGAAUAUGGGUCCUAGCCGUAUUACUUGUUUCAGAUUGGUUUGUGAGUAUUCAGAUGUUUUUCCUAAGGAUCUCACUGAAUUGCCACCUCACCACGAGGUUGAGUUUUCUAUAGAUUUAGUACCUGGCAUAGCACCCAUCUCCAUGUCACCCUAUAGAUAUGCACCGGUAGAGUUGAUUGUUUUGAAGGAGCAAUUGCAAGAGUUGUUAGACAAGGGUUUUAUACACCCUAGUACCUUGCUAUGGGAAGCACCAACUCUUUUUGCCAAAAAGAAUGGUGGCUCGUUGCGGUUAUGCAUUGACUACUGCAAGUUGAAUAGUCAUGGUUAA